AUGGACAAGUUUAAAACAGUCCUCAACAUUGCCAGCAAACAGACCAACUUAGGCUUCGGUGGAGUAGCCCUGAUGACAGCUGGAGGAGAGCAGGUUUUCUCCUCUAUAGUCUUCAGGUGUCCAUGUAAUGAACUGAAUUUCUACUAUGGCAUGGUCUUCCUGCUGGUGCCUGCUUUGGCUCUGUUUCUGUUAGGGUACGUUUUGAGCAAAAAGACGUGGAAGCUGCUGACAGGUCUGUUGUACCACAAGGAAAAACUGUGCAAGUGGAAACAUUUGGCUGCCACCAGCAUGGCCUUCUUCCAGGUCAGUGCCACUGCUCUGGUAGCACCAUCCAGCUGGAUUGCUGUGGCUCUACUCAGUGGGAAUUAUUAUGAGUGUGCAAUGACUGGGAUCAAUGUGACUGCUUACAACCAGCAUGUGUGCAGAGAAAAGAGCACUGAUGUGGACUGUUUGAAGAAGCUGCACAAGAUCCCCUGUGAUAGAGGCAAUGAUGAGAUUCUGCGAACACUGAGAGCUCAAUCUCAGUUACCUCAGAUUCAGAAACUCAGAUCUUAA